AUGUUUUCCUUGCAGAGCAUCAUGUUACGACUGCCAACGGUCGGCCGUGCUCUGGCAGGAGCUGCCAAGGGCAGCUUGGCUCCUUCCAACACUGUGCGUACUCCAGUGCGUGCUGCCAGCAACAUGGUAGAAGUGUUUGUAGAUGGGAAACCAGUGGAGGUUGAGGCUGGCACCACUGUUCUGCAGGCCUGUGAGAAGGCAGGAAUUCAGAUCCCAAGGUUCUGUUACCAUGAGCGCCUCUCAGUUGCAGGGAACUGCCGAAUGUGUCUGGUAGAGAUUGAGAGAGCUCCAAAACCGGUGGCAGCUUGUGCAAUGCCAGUCAUGAAGGGUUGGAAUAUCCUCACUAAUUCAGAAAAGACACGGAAAGCCAGAGAGGGAGUGAUGGAGUUUCUAUUGGCCAACCACCCUCUUGACUGUCCCAUUUGUGAUCAGGGAGGAGAAUGCGACUUGCAGGAUCAGUCCAUGCAGUUUGGUUCAGACCGCAGUCGCUUCACAGAAGGAAAAAGAGCAGUGGAGGACAAGAACAUUGGGCCGCUCAUCAAAACCAUCAUGACCCGCUGCAUCCAGUGCACACGCUGUGUUCGUUUUGCCAGUGAGAUCGCUGGUGUUGAAGAUCUGGGCACGACAGGAAGAGGAAACAACCUGCAGAUAGGGACAUACGUGGAGAAAAUGUUUAUGUCAGAGCUUUCAGGCAAUGUUAUUGAUGUCUGCCCUGUUGGAGCGCUCACGUCUAAACCCUACGCUUUCACAGCACGUCCAUGGGAAACCAGGAAAACUGAAUCAAUUGAUGUGCUUGAUGCUGUGGGCAGUAACAUUAUUGUGAGCACAAGGGGAGGAGAGGUGAUGAGGGUGAUGCCAAGGCUGAAUGAAGACAUUAACGAAGAAUGGAUCUCUGAUAAGACCAGGUUUGCAUAUGAUGGUCUGAAGAGGCAGAGGUUGACUCAGCCAAUGGUGAAGGAUGAAUCAGGUCAGCUGACUCCAACCACCUGGGAGGAUGCUCUGACUCGUGUUGCUGGAGCAUUGCAGGGUGUGCAGGGUAAUGAGGUUGCAGCCAUUGCAGGAGGAAUGGCUGAUGCUGAAUCUCUGGUCUCCCUUAAAGACCUCCUCAACAGACUGGACUCCGAAAGCCUGUGCACUGAAGAGCUCUUCCCCACUGAUGGUGCAGGCACUGACCUGCGUUCCAACUACCUGUUGAACUCACGCAUUGUUGGUAUCGAGGAGAGCGACCUGUUGCUGCUCAUUGGAACAAACCCACGUUACGAGGCCCCACUGUUCAACGCCCGAAUCCGCAAGAGUUGGCUCCAUAAUGAGCUGCGUGUUGCCAUGGUGGGCCACAACGUUGAUUUAAGUUACACAUACGACCACCUUGGAGAGGACACGUCAGUCCUGAAGGAGCUGGCUGACGGUACACACCCCUUCUGCGAGGUGCUGUCUGCUGCCAAACGUCCAGUUGUGGUUGUCGGCAGCUCUGCCCUGCAGAGAGAUGAUGGAGCUGCUAUUCUGAGCACCGUCUCAACCAUCGCACAGAACGCCAGAACCAGCAGCGGAGUCGAAGAAGGAUGGAAAGUCCUCAAUGUCCUGCACAGAGUGGCUAGUCAGGUGGCUGCAUUAGACCUGGGCUACAAGGCUGGAGUAGACGCCAUCAGGAAAAAUCCACCCAAAGUCCUGUUCCUGUUGGGAGCCGACGCCGGCUGCAUCACCAGAGCAGACCUGCCACAGAACAGCCUCGUCAUCUACCAGGGUCAUCAUGGUGAUGUAGGAGCACCAAUGGCAGACAUCAUCCUACCUGGUGCUGCAUACACAGAGAAAAACGCAACCUACGUUAACACAGAGGGGAGGAGCCAACACACUAAAGUGGCCGUCACUGCUCCUGGGAUGGCCAGAGAGGACUGGAAGAUCAUCAGAGCCGUGUCCGAGCUGGCUGGUGUGACUCUGCCGUAUGACUCUCUGGACGAGGUGCGAUCCAGGUUAGCGGAGGUUUCACCCAAUCUGGUCCGUUAUGACGAUGUGGAGGAGGCAAACUUCUUUAAACAGGCCAAUGACCUUGCUAAGACCGUGAACCAGGACCUUAUUGCAGCUCCUCUAGUCCCACCUCAAAUUUCAGCAAAGGACUUCUACAUGACAGACUCCAUCAGCAGGGCUUCCCAGACGAUGGCCAAAUGCGUCAAAGCCGUCACAGAAGGAGCCGCCGCUGUCGAAGAGCCAUCGAUUUGCUGAGCGCACACGCACACACACAUACUGUCUCAACUCAAUAAACUCAUCCACCUCUGCUUAAACAGAACAAGCUUCUCUGAAUACGCUCAGUGUGUUUCCUUUAAUUUAAAGUUGUUGUAUACUCAUAAUCGUUUUCACUCCUGGGAGCGUACUUUGUUGAAUAAAGCUGAGAAACCUAUCAAAUAUGAAUAAAAACCUGCAAAUGUCUUUACUCC